UUUUUCCUCUCAGCAUAAGGUUGCAGCGUCUUUGUUGUCUGACGUUCAUCCAAGCGUGUUUUUGAAGGUAAAUCCUGUCCGAAGUGCAGGCUUGUCUGUUUGCAGAGAGCAAAAUAGGCGGAAAAUCAAGCAAGACGUGAACUGGUUUCCAUGUCAAACACUUCAAUUCUCCAUAGAAACUCAGAUCUUAACGCGGCGACUUUAUUAAACUGCGAUGGCAAAUUGAUAAGGGCCCAAUUUCUAUCGCCUGCUGUGCUUUUUUUCUUUUUUUCUUUUUUUUUUUAUUGUGGGCACCAAGGCGGGCUGACAGAGGUAAAUUGCUCUUUUAAUUAAAGCAAUGCAGCAGAGGAAAUUGCUGUCUGAAUAUUGUCUCCGAGAUGGGGGGCCGCUGACAGUUGCCUGGAAACUUCAAUCUGUCCACUCGCGUUUAUUCCAGAUCACAGUUAUGAGAUAAAGUUUAAUAAAAAUCCCCCGUUUCCCCUCCGCCUGCAGCAAGCAAAUGAAAGCCAAGCCUUUUUGUGCCCAAGUGAGCACAAUGAGAAGAGAGUGCGGAGGAAAGCUCAUGUUCAACAUGUAUCUCUCAGAUCCGACAGAAAAUCUGUUGAAAGACAACAAAGGAGCAUCGUGGGGUCCGAUCAAUACUGGAGCACAAAAAGGCAGCGGGCAGAUCCAGCUGUGGCAGUUCCUUCUGGAGCUGCUGUCGGACAGCAGCAACGUGUCGUGCAUCGCGUGGGAGGGCACCAACGGCGAGUUCAAGCUGAUCGACCCGGACGAGGUGGCGCGCCGCUGGGGCGAGCGCAAGAGCAAGCCCAACAUGAACUACGACAAGCUGAGCCGGGCGCUCCGCUACUACUACGACAAGAACAUCAUGACCAAAGUGCACGGCAAGCGCUACGCCUACAAGUUCGACUUCCACGGCCUGGCGCAGGUGUGCCAGCCCACCUCCACCGAGCAGGCCCUCUACAAGUUCCAAGGCAACUUCUCGCCCAUCCCCUUCUCGGGCAUCUCCAAACUCAACCUGCACGUGGCGCCCGCCGUCGGCCCGUCGGGCUUCUCCUACUGGGCCGGCUCUCCGUCGGCCGCCCUCUACCACCAUCACCACCAUCACCACCACCACCCCCCGGGAACCAACCUACAGCCCCCCGGGCCUUUCGCCACCGUGUCGCCGAGCCACAUCGGCUGCGUCAACGGCAUCAACACGCUCAGCAACAUUAAUAACCAUUACAACUGACUGACUGGUCGCCGUGACGUCAUGCAGGUAAAGGAUCGCACCUUGCAGUGGCUUCCCGGGGUGAAACGUGACGUGUGCGGCGCUCCCGUGCUUGUUUACACCCAAGCACAAUCUAAAAAAAAAAAUGUUUUUGACGGGGCUUUCCUGUUUGAAUAUGCUUGAUUCACUUCAGACUUAUUUUUGUGUGGUUCCAAAAUUCCAUUUGAAAUUCCGUUUUAACAAGUCUACAUGAACGCACUUCAUGUUGCUCUCAAAAUUCGAAUCCAUUUUUGUUAAGCACUGUACAUUCUUGACAUCAUGACGCCCUUUUAGUACUUUCAUUAAAAGAAAAGAAAGAAAAAAGAGCUGUGAAUGGGUUGUAGAUAACCACAUCACCAAUCGAGAUUGUUUGUUUCAAAUAUACUGAUGUGGUCUGAAAGGAAAAUAAAAUGUUAUUUUUGUUGUUGUAUCAUACGUGUAUGACUUGAACGUACACGGUGUAUCUGAAUGUAAUUCAGUGACAAUUAAACGCAAACGAAUGACUGUG